GCGCUGGCCGAGGGGGCGCGGCGGGCCUCCCUAGCCGAUCGGCCGGAACCGGGGCCAACGCGGUCAGGCUGACCGGGAUCCAGACGGCCUCUUUCGCUGGCUGAGGACGGGAGGAGGGGCGCGGGCCCGGUCGGAUUACUGUAAAAAUGCAAAAGCGGAGGCAGUGGGCGGGGAGGGGGCUAGGUGCCGUAGAGGGCAAGGGGCACUCACAUCCCCGGCGCGCCACUCGCGGGGCUCCCGUCUGCACGUGCCCCCGGGCCUCUCCCGCUUGCUCUACCAGUCUGCGGAGAGCGCGCUCUCGCGCACUCGGCUCCCGCGUUCGCUUCUUUGUUCCCGCCCACGCGAGACCCAUUUUGACGGAUCGGAUUCGAGGCCCUCUAGCGGCCAAUCGACGUCGGCGCUGUUACCUCUCCCCGCCCCCUUGGAACCUCGCGAGGACCGCCCCCUUUCCCUGCCCACGUGGUCUCGGCCUCCAGUCCAGUGCGGCUUGCGAAUUCAGGGUCCCCGGGUUGCGGCUUUCUCUACUUGCAGGGGCGCGGCCGUGUCCUCUCCGCCUCGUGCGCCAGGCCGCGCGCGGUUGUCCGCUCCGGGACUCUUUUCGGGGCUCUCGGAAACCCAGCACGUUGCUGAGGGCGCGGCCGGUGCCGCCCCCCGCCCCCCCUACCAGUAGGCCGAUUCUCGUGAUCGCUGCGGGUGGGGAAAUGGUCGCGCUUUCGGUGCCCGCCGAAGUCACCGUGAUCCUGUUAGAUAUCGAAGGUACCACAACCCCGAUUGCUUUCGUGAAGGACAUUUUAUUUCCUUAUAUAAAAGAAAAUGUUAAAGAGUAUCUGCAGACACAUUGGGAAGAAGAGGAGUGCCAGCAGGAUGUCAGUCUUUUGAGGAAACAGGCUGAAGAGGACUCCCACCUGGAUGGGGCUGUUCCGAUCCCGGCAGCAUCUGGGAAUGGGGUGGACGACCUGCAGCGGGUGAUCCAGGCCGUGGUAGACAACGUGUGCUGGCAGAUGUCUCUGGACCGGAAGACCACGGCACUGAAACAGCUGCAGGGCCACAUGUGGAGGGCGGCGUUCAAAGCUGGACGCAUGAAAGCAGAGUUCUUUGAAGAUGUGGUUCCAGCAGUUAGGAAAUGGAGAGAGGCUGGAAUGAAGGUGUAUAUCUAUUCUUCAGGGAGUGUAGAGGCACAGAAACUGUUAUUUGGGCAUUCUACAGAGGGAGAUAUUCUUGAGCUUGUAGACGGUCACUUUGAUACCAAGAUUGGACACAAAGUGGAGAGUGAGAGUUACCGAAAGAUUGCGAGCAGCAUCGGCUGCUCAACCAGCAACAUCUUGUUUCUGACAGAUGUCACCCGAGAGGCCAGCGCUGCCGAGGAAGCUGACGUGCAUGUAGCUGUGGUGGUGAGACCUGGCAAUGCAGGGUUAACAGAUGAUGAGAAGACUUACUUCAGCCUCAUCACAUCCUUCAGCGAACUGUACCUGCCUUCCUCAACCUAGAGGAGGAGUUCUAAGGAAGACCAAACUGUCUUCACAGAGUAGUCCCUGUAGUCUAGUUUUAUUCUAAUGGUAAAAGUAAUUUACUUAAAAAAUACGUAUAUACACAUACAGGAGGUAUGUAAGUGUGUGUAUGUGUAUGUUCAAAUUACCUUUCACAAGCACGUAAGUGGAAAAAAGAAUCUCAGUUCAGUGAAAAGGAAACUUAUUUAAAGACGUUUUAUAUGUUGAAAUUGUUUGAAACCACAACUCUAACCCUUAUUGAGGUGAAAUAUAGUUGCUAGAAGAAAUUAUUACUAUACAGGUCAAGUGUGUUAUGUUUAUCAAGUCAUGUACCAAAAUAGAAAGGUAGGUUUGAGAGGUUACUCAGAAGCCUUGUUGUUUUAAAAGCUAGAAGUAUUUCAGAGACAUUCCUAAUAAUGAUCUAUUCCCCUUUUAAAUUGAGUUAGAAGAUUACAACAACUGAAUUUCAAACUAUUAACCUCCCUAUUUACAGAUGACAAAGCUAUUUUUUCUGCUCCCAAAGAGAGCAAAGUUGGGAAAGGAAACUCAUUUAUCUUGAUUAAUCAAGUAUCUGUCACUUAAGAAACUUGCUAAUCAUUGUGGUACCCACAGCAAGCAGUUGCCUUACCAAUGAAAAAGAUGCACUCAUGUAACAGCUAAAACAGAAAUGUGGUUUCUAAUGUUUAAGGAAACAGUCCUAAUCCUGCCAGUUAUCAUAGAUUUCAGAGUUGCCUUGCUAACUACUUCUUAGCACAGUUUGAGAACAUAUGUUAAUUGCUGUUUACUAUUAAAAAACAAAAGGUUUACUGAAAUUUGUCCAUAAGACCUAGAAGAGCCCUAAUAUCUAAUAUUUUCUUCUGAAAUGGAUGUGAGAAAUAUAAAUUUUAUAACACCAUUAUUUAUCCUGGUUCAGCCUAAUGGGAUGUCAUGUCAGUUUCAUGUAGUGAUUAAUAAAAACAUUUUCUUCUUCACUCA